AUGGGGAAUAAAGGAAUACGCUCGGCUGGGAUUCAAACUCACGACCUUGAGGUGUUUACGUUCGUGGAAGCUCCACAAGCUUGGUUUGACACAUUUAGCUCUACCAUCACUCAACUUGGCUUUACUUCCAGUCCUCAUGAUACUGCACUCUUUACUCGUCACACACUCCAAGGUAUUGUUCUUCUUCUUCUCUAUGUUGAUGACAUGAUUAUCACUGGUAAUGAUCCACAGUCUCAACUUGGCUUUACUUCCAGUCCUCAUGAUACUGCACUCUUUACUCGUCACACACUCCAAGGCCAUAUCCGAUCUCCAAAUUACCUUAGUCAACAUUUUGAAAUGAAAGAACUUGGGUCUCUCAACUACUUUCUUGGUCUUGAAGUCUCUCGACGCUCGAACGGGUAUCUAUUGUCCCAAGCUAAAUAUGGCUCAAAUCUUUUAGCUCGCUCAAGAAUUACUGACUCUAACACAGCUUCAACGCCGUUAGAUCCCAAUGUUCAUUUGACCCCUUAUGAUGGUGUUCCUCUUGAAGAUGUCAAUCUGUAUCGGCAACUCGCUGACAGUCUCAUCUAUCUAACAGUGACUCGCCCAGACAUUGCAUAUGUUGUUCACAUUGUUAGCCAAUUUAUGGCUGCUCCUCGAACCAUCCAUUUUACUGUCGUACUACAUAUCAUUCGCUAUGUCAAGGGAACUUUGGGACAUGGACUUCAGUUUUCUUCUCAAUCCUCUCUUGUAUUAUCUGGCUAUUCCGAUGCAGAUUGGGCUGGGGAUCCCACUGAUCGACAUUCUACAACCAGUUACUGCUUCUACUUAGGCGAUUCUCUCAUUUCUUGGCGUAGUAAGAAACAAAGUGUUGUCUCUCGUUCUAGUACUGAAUCAGAAUAUCGUGCUCUUGCUGAUGCUACCGCCGAACUUUUAUGGCUUCGUUGGCUUCUUGCUGAUAUGGGUGUUCCCCAGUAG